AAGGAAUAUCACAUGCGUAAGAGGUAAAUCCAAGUAACUCGAAUUUCACGUUGCAUUUUUGCGUGUGAAGCUUAGUUUGAUAUGAGGAAUGACUUAAGAGCAAUAGAGUGUUAUUUUAAUUUCAAAUUACUCGUCGAGUCGAUUGAACGCUGGAUUGCAAACUGUGGUUUCUAACAUGCAGUCACAGGAACAAGUAUUCGCCGCCCGCAUUGCUUAGGUCUAAUAUUUUGAUCCUGUUCAAAAUAUGAAAUGUCAGUGAUGAUCAGAAAUUAAUUCUAGUUUGCUGUCAGUUGACUGAUGAGAGAAGUGGGAGGAAGUAUGUUAUAUUCACGAGUGUGUCAUGUUCUCAGUGUAGUAUAAACUUCAUGUACCUGAAUAAAUAAGUUAAUGAAGUGACUGAUGAAGUUUUCCAUAAUCAAGAAUGUUUGAUGUGAGGGAGAUGUAGGUUAGAUGUGCUCAUGACUAGUCAUUGUUGAUUGCUUGAUUAAAUAUUAAAAUGGACAUGACAACAGCACAGUCCGUCGUGCUUGAAACACUUCGACAUGCAGCCAACCAGAAUGCAGAAAUUCUUAAGCCUGCUGAAUCUCGUUUGAGAGAAUGGGAGACAGAACCUGGAUUCUACUCUAUAUUAUUGAACAUCUUCUCAAACCAUUCCAUUGAUGUUAAUGUUCGAUGGCUAGCUGUACUGUAUUUCAAGAAUGGUGUGGAUCGUUAUUGGCGUAAAACAGCUCCACAUGCUAUCAAUGAAGCAGAGAAGGUUACAAUUCGCCAAGGUUUGGUAUCAAAUUUCCGUGAACCAGUGAACCAAGUAGCUACACAAUUGGCAGUUCUUAUUUCAAAAGUAGCCAGAUUUGAUUGUCCACGAGAAUGGCCUGAUUUAAUGCCUACGUUAUUGUCAGCUGUGAAAAGCGAUGAAGCAUUAGUACAGCAUCGUGCAUUACUAAUGUUGCAUCAUGUUAUUAAGACCUUGUCAUCCAAACGUCUUGCUGGCGAUAGGAGAAUGUUUCAAGACCUUACAGCUAAUGUUUUUAGUUUUGUUCUGAAUUUAUGGAAUAGUCAUGUACAAACUUUCCUGUCUCAGGUAGCAGAAAAUGAUCAGCAAAUGGGAUCAUCUCUUGAAAAAGCUCUUCUUUCACUACGCAUCCUCCGGAAAUUGGUAGUACAUGGAUUUAAGAAACCUCAUGAAUCAGAAGAUGCUAUGCUUUUCCUGAAUAUGGUGUUUGAUAGAGCAAAAACAAUGCUAGAGUGUAGAAAAUCGUUACAGAGUAAAGUGUCAGACCUUGUUGAGUUAAGUGAAAAAUUUAUUAUUCAUCUAACUAAGGUUCUUAUAGCUGUGCUGGAGCACCACCCAUUCUCAUAUGUUGAUUUAAUUCAACCUUCUCUUGAAUUUGCUGUAUUUUAUGUGUUUACUCCUGCUGGAGAACCUCAGCUUUUUGAGAGGUUUAUAAUCCAAUGCCUAAAUCUUGUCAAAGGCAUAUUAUUGUGUGCAGAAUAUAAAGCAGCCAAAGUUAUUGAAGAAACUAAAGAACCUGCUACAUUACGAGCACAUCAAAUCAAGUUAAAUUUUUUCACUGCAUCAACUUUGACAGAAAUGUGUACCAAGCUAGUAACUCAUUAUUUUCUAUUAACACGAGAAGAUCUAGAGCUUUGGGACUCGGAUCCUGAAAGUUUUGCCACGGAUGAAGGGGGUGAAUCCUGGAAAUACAGCUUGAGACCUUGCACUGAAUCAUUAUUCCUAGCGUUAUUUCAUGAGUUCCGAGUGACACUUGUUCCUGUUCUGUUGGAGAUGAUACAAAAUAAUCAUGCUUUGGUUCCUCCUGAAGAUUUAAAUGCUAUUUUACGUAAAGAUGCUGUUUACAAUGCAGUUGGCCUUGCUGCUUUUGAUUUAUAUCAUGAGGUCAAUUUUGAUCAGUGGUUUUCUACUACUCUAACUCAAGAACUCAAAGUGAAAGCUGGAAAUUAUAGGGUCAUAAGGCGAAGAGUUGCAUGGUUAGUGGGCCAAUGGACAGGAGUGAAAUUUUCACCAGAGUUAAGGCCAGCGUUGUAUUCUGUGACUUUGCCUCUGUUGCAAGCUGACGAAGAUAUGGCUAUUCGAUUGACUGCCUCUAAUACACUGAAGCUUGCUAUUGAUGACUUUGAAUUCAUCACUGACCAGUUUCUUCCAUUCCUUGAGCCAUCAUUCUCUCUUUUAUUUGCUCUUCUCAAAGAAGCCCAUGAAUGUGAUACUAAGAUGCAUGUGUUGUACGUCCUUUCAUUUAUCGUGGAACGAGUUGGAUUUGCAAUUCGUCCUCACUCAGGAUCACUUAUUCAGUACCUGCCACUGCUUUGGGAAGAAUCUUCAGAACACAAUAUGCUUCGUUGUGCAAUUGUAUCAACAUUGGUACACCUUGUAAAGGCUUUGGGGUCAUCAAGUGAAGCAUUGAGUCCAUUUUUGUUGCCUGUUGUGCAACUGAGUACUGAUGUUCAACAGGAUAGUCAUGUGUACCUUUUAGAAGAUGGUUUGGAAUUGUGGCUUGCUGUUCUAGAAAAUUCUACAGCCAUGACGCAAGAAUUGAUGCAGCUCUUUCGUAACAUGCCUCCAUUGCUAGAAAACAAUUCAGAAAAUCUUCGAACAUGUUUUUACAUUAUCCAAGCUAACAUUCUACUUGCUCCAGAAGAAUUUUUAAAGGUCUAUGGUGAAUUAAUAAUUAGUUCAUGCAAUGAUAUGCUUUCUGAUAUAAGAUCAGAAGGAAUUGUAAUGACAAUGCGACUCGUUGAGAUGUGCUUGCGUGCAGCUCCUUCUAUUUCAGUUGAAUUAGUCAAACCGAUGCUUACACGGAUUUUUGAGGCAAUCUAUAAAGGAGAAGAAUAUCCGAUAGUGAUGUCAAUGUAUCUGUCUAUUAUGGCCAGGAUAUUGCUUUGCUCUCGAGAAGUUUUCAGUCAGGCUGUGGCUAAAGUUGCACAACUAAUACAUGAGUCACAGGAAACUGUUCUAAAUCGUAUUUUGGACGUUUGGUUGGAUAAAAUGGCUCUUGUGACGCAACUUGAUCGACGUAAACUUCUUGGACUUGCAAUGGCAUCAUUGCUGACUGCUCAGUCUAGUGCUGUUCUGGAACGUUUUUGUGGCAUAUUGUUGAAUGUAACAGAGGUGCUUAAUGACAUUAUAAAGACAGAUGAUAUGGGUGCACAAAUAGAUUCAUUACUUCUUGGAGAUAGCACAUGUCUUGGCCAAGACGAUGAUGUAGAUUAUGAAACAGAACAUGACCAUAGACGGAAACAGUUAGCAGCUGCGGAUCCUGUUCAUACAAUAGCCCUCAAAGACUACUUUCAGUCUCAGAUUGUCGAUCUCCAGAAUCAGGUGGGGCCAUCGCAUUUUGAGCAGCUGAAACAGACAGUUGACGUUGAGACUUUUGAACAAGCCCGGGAAUAUGUGGUAUUGUAAAUAGAAGAGUUGCAAGACUGAUUGCAGUUGCUAUUUUCUACAGAGAUUGUGUAAAUUAUUAUGGAGGUGAAGUGCUGUUGUAAAAAAUAUAUUAGUAAUUAUUGUUAUACACUUCCUUCCUGAAACUGGAAAGAACAAAUUUACCUAUUUAUUAGGUUUUGAAAAUGCCAAUCAAGAAAUCUGAGUGCUCUACAAUGUGCAGUUGAUGUCCUCACUAGGAAAUAGUGUUAGUUACAACGAAAAGCAAGUGAGGGAUUGGAGUAUUAACUACUGAUGCGUUAAUAUUGUUAACAGUGAUUUAUUUUCUGAAUUACUGAAAUCUUGUAAUUAUUGUCCUAUAAUUUUUGUGCAAAUCAUUCAGAUAAUUUGUUGAAUGUGAAGGGUUGGUAUCAAAAACCUUUGAUGUAUGGAACAUUGUGAUAACAGAUAAUUGAGUGCUGAAGUAUGAAUGUAUAAUUGAAUUGGAAGCAUAAUUAUUGAAUAUUGCAAAAUCCAGAUGCUCUUCCACCUAAAAAUAAUCAGGAAGAAUUGAAUAUUUUUAUUAAUUUCUGUGGGUUUCUUGUAAAAUAAUAUGAGCUUGUCAUAGCAUUUUACUGUGUUAUUAAGAAAAUAUACCAUAAUUUUAAUUGUUUGAACAUAUGACAUGAAAGGAAUAAAUGUCACCAUUAGAAUUGCUCCUAAGUAAUUUGUGAAGUGGUUGCACCAGUUCGUAUUUCUUCAUAAUCUUUACUGGAGCUGCUUUGGUCAGUGUUUGUAAUGUUUUCAUAUGGUAUCUUGUUAAUAACUGUAAUAAAAACAUUGGUUAAUACAAUUCCAUUAACUUUCAUUUUAAUCUUUAUUAUUUUUCUCAUAUUUUGACAUGCCUUGAAAUUUCAAGACUCAAAGUUUUCUUAGUGUGGAAGGUGUUCUUGAAUCAGUCCUUGAUUUAGAAGUUAAUAUAAUUUUUUGAAGAUGUAACAAAGUUAUUAAUUUGUGAUAAACAUUAAAUUGAAUUCCUAUAUGUAAUUGUGAAACUUUUAAAAUUGAUUUUGUUGUGAGAAAAUUGCUUCCAUUUACAUUUUGACCUGUGUUUUGUGCUUACUUUUGUGGCAAAAAAAUCUUUUGUGUUAAAUAAAUGUUCUCUCUUCUUUCUCUCACUGCCAUGUGAUAACAUCAUGUCACUUGUAUUUAGUUAAACUGGUGAAGAUAUUCUUGACUGUGACAGAGAUCUGUGAUGGUACAGCUUUCCUUACCCCUUUCUUGUAGGGGUUCACAAUUGUAAUGCAUUAUUCAAUAAAACAAUACAUAAAAUGUUAUACUUUUUUCUUGUUACCUACUCUACAGAAACAUCUCUUAGUCGGUUUUCAUUACUUGUGUGACAGGAUAACUCCUAAUUGUUUUGUGACGAUCUGAAAACCACUUACAAAUCUCAAGAAACACAUUCUAAGGUCCCCAAGCAAUUGAAAAUCUUCUAUUAAUAAAUGCAAUUUGUUGUAAUGGAGUUUUGAAAGUAAAAUAGUGGAUUAUGUAAAAAGUAUACAAAUGAAAUUCCUCUUUGAAAUAUUUCAGCAGUGUUAUGGAAUAUAUUAAGCUCAAAAACAAUGAAUGUUAAUCUUUGUUUCAACAGUCAUUAAAAACAGUUUUGAUCACACUAAAUUAGUAAUAUC